AUGGCGAUGGGGGGAACGCCAGGUGCGCUCUACAACGAGGAGAUCCUGGACCUGUUCGACAGUGCCCGAGACCCUGACUCCCGCCACCGCAAGUCCAACAUCAAAAUCCAUGAGGAUGCCAGCGGCAGCAUCUACACCACAGGCGUCACCUCCCGCCUCAUCAGCUCCCAGGAUGAGCUGAUCCAGUGCCUGAAGCAGGGAGCUCUGUCCCGCACAACCGCCAGCACCCAGAUGAAUGUCCAGAGCUCCCGCUCCCACGCCAUCUUCACCAUCCACCUAUGCCAAAUGCGAGUCUGUGCCCAGCCCGACCUGGUGAGACUGCGCGAGAGGGACAGGGGAGCGCCCUUCGCCGCACAGCACGGCAGGCGUGAGCCGCUGUCAGGCUAGUUCCUACGUCUCCCU